AUCUUCAACCAUCGACUAUCGCAAGCAACAUACAAAAAGUCUGCCAUCGUUCAGAUCUUCAGAUUUUGUUCAACCAAAUUCACUGCUUGCCAAUCUAUCAUUCAAGAAACUCUUCUUGACGACUAGACAAGAUGGUUCUCGCCGUUGAUCUGCUCAACCCCAGCCCGGCUGCCGAGGCUAAGAAGCACAAGCUCAAGACCUUGGUCCCCACUCCCCGAUCCUUCUUCAUGGAUGUCAAGUGCCCUGGUUGCUUCACCAUCACUACGGUGUUCUCCCACGCCCAGACCGUCGUCAUCUGCCAAGGAUGCACCACCGUCCUAUGCCAGCCUACUGGUGGCAAGGCUAGAUUAACUGAGGGCUGCUCUUUCCGAAGAAAGUAGAGGAUUUCGCCUCGUGUUUUCUUCGUUCUUGGGCAUUGGUCACGACUUCAUGGUAGGGUUCGGAUAUCUGCAAGGCACUCUCACGGAAUGGACGCAUGAAAAAAACCUGGCAUCAUGUCUUUCGGACUUAAAUCGACUUCCAUUACGACCCUUUACGUCAUUGCAGAUAGGCGACGGAUACCAAAAAGAACCUUAAUAUAAAAGGGGCGUUUGGGGUCCUGAUAUCUUGCAUCAACUGUUUCUUCGCGAUUGAUUUUUCCGUUUUCUCGCCUUGUGUAUUACGCAGUCGUCACCCUUCGGACAUAGGCAGGCCGGUAGUUACUGCAUGGGUGGAUAGCUGGAAAUGGUUUUCCAUAUGAGCAUCGUCUGAGUUCUACCCUGCAAGGGGUUCCCUUGAGAUGUGAGGACGUG